AAAAUAAAAAAAGAAAAAAAGAAAAAAAGAAAAAAAGAAAAAAGAGUUUCUCUCUCAUCUUCUUCCUCUUUCGAAGUCACUGAAAUUUCUUCCAAAAUUCCAUCGAAGUAAACAAAAAAAAACACCUACUUUCUCUUUCUCUCUCCUCUGUAAUGGCCCGUCGAUCUGCUCCAAUCCUCCUAAAAUACCUCACAAACUCCUCUUCCCGCCAAAACCCUAACCCUAACUUCCUUUCGAAGAAACCAUGGCUGUCAUCUUCAAGAUCCGUCACCUACAUGCCCCGACCCGGCGACGGUGCUCCACGUCGCGUAACCCUAAUUCCCGGUGACGGAAUCGGACCUUUAGUCACCGGCGCCGUCGAACAAGUAAUGGAAGCUAUGCACGCGCCUAUAUACUUCGAGAAACACGAAGUAUUCGGAAACAUGAAGAAGAUUCCAGAAGAAGUUUUGGAAUCGAUUCGGAAGAAUAAAAUAUGCUUGAAAGGUGGAUUGGCUACUCCAGUUGGUGGAGGUGUUAGUUCGUUGAAUAUGCAGUUGAGGAAGGAGCUUGAUUUGUACGCUUCUUUGGUCAAUUGUUUUAAUUUGAAAGGAUUACCUACACGCCAUCAAAAUGUUGAUAUUGUUGUCAUUAGAGAGAAUACUGAAGGAGAAUACUCUGGACUUGAACACGAGGUUGUUCCUGGCGUCGUUGAAAGUCUUAAGGUGAUAACAAAGUUUUGCUCGGAGCGCAUUGCAAAAUAUGCGUUCGAGUAUGCCUACCUCAACAAUAGAAAGAAGGUGACAGCUGUACAUAAAGCCAAUAUUAUGAAGCUUGCAGAUGGUCUUUUCUUAGAAUCUUGCCGAAAAGUUGCAAGCAAAUAUCCUGGAAUCAAGUAUGAUGAAAUCAUCGUGGACAAUUGCUGCAUGCAACUUGUAUCCAAGCCUGAACAAUUUGAUGUGAUGGUUACACCAAAUCUGUAUGGAAACCUUGUGGCAAAUACAGCAGCUGGUAUAGCUGGUGGCACAGGAGUAAUGCCUGGAGGCAAUGUAGGAGCAGACAAUGCCGUAUUCGAGCAAGGUGCUUCAGCAGGAAACGUUGGGAGUGAUGAACUUUUGAAAGAAAAGAAAGCAAACCCGGUAGCUCUUCUGCUCUCAUCUGCAAUGAUGUUGAGACAUCUCCAGUUUCCAUCGUUCGCUGAUCGACUGGAGACUGCAGUGAAAAGAGUGAUAGCCGAUGGCAAGCAUCGAACACCAGAUCUCGACGGUGACAGCACCACCCAAGAGGUGGUUGAUGCAAUCAUAGCAGCUAUGGACUGAGGUUUGCCCUGUUUUCCGAUCUUCUUUGACAUCAAGAUCAUCUCAUAAUUGGCAAAUACUUUGAUUUUAAAUAAUAUAUGAUUCAAGAUAAAGGAUCAUAGGCUUGAAAGAUCACAAGCAUUUCGAGGAAAUAGGAAAUUUUAUGAGUUGCUCAAGCUGAUUCUAGCUUCUCGGACAUUGUUUAUUGGUUCUGCAUGGAAGAUGCAGGAUGACCAUACGAGACUGGAAAUUGAUGUAAAUUCUUUUGUAACUGCUUAAAUGGUAGCUAAGCGUUGAAGAGUGCUGAUUGUUUUUUAAGCUUUCUCUCUUUCUAUAUGAUGAAUACAAUAGGUCUUUGAAGAGUUGAGAAGUA